AUGGCUGUAGCAAUUACAAGGAUGGAAAAUGGUAAACCAACAUGGGUUAAAGGCAAUCUCAGUUUUCCACAUCAGGAUAGGAGAUUCACACAAACCGGAUGUGCUAAUUGCUUGAAGCCAAUUGAAGCAGAUGUUAGUUGGACCAUCACAUGUCCUGUACGCAAAAGUGAAUCCAAAGUUAGAAUCAUGAGGAGGCUGAGCAACAGCUUAAGGAUUCAAGGAAACAGCUCAUCCAUAUACAUCCCCCGGCUUCCGUCAAUCAACUCCUCCCUGUUCUUGAUGUUCCUUAGCAAGCUGAGAAACGUCUAUUCAGUCAUGAAGGUGUUGAUACAUGAUGGUCUUUCAAGACAUUCAGAUGUUGAUGUGAAGGUUGCAGACGCUGUUACUUCAUCCAUCACUGAAAUAACAAGAAUCGCAGCACCUGAUGCACCUUACAAUGAUGAACAAAUGAGGGAUGCAUUCGGUUGAUUGUUUCUUCGGGUAAUUGGUUCUUAUAACAAAGGGUCUCAAUUCUUGAAACCUUUUCUGAAGUCGAAUCAUUUCUCAUCAUGAUUGAUCUUGAAUGCGAUGAACUGAUUGUGAACAUGUUUCUUUCUACAUUUUCUUGGAUCAGUAUUCAUAAGGUGUGUUGUAGAUCUUUAUGUUAUACAAGAAAUAGGAAUACUUUUAGUUAUUUGUUUAUUAUAUUUAUAGCUUGGUACUUUCAUUUCUUCGUAUUUGAUAUUCUAGCAAUUUCAUCCAAAUAAAAAACAUUUCUCACUUCUAUAAUCAGGUAAAUUUUCCAAAUUGUAAUGGUCUGUUUAUUUCAAGUUAAGAAUAAUUUUGUAAAAUAAAAACCAAUAAAAAGGUAAUUCGCGGAAUAAG